GUAUCAGACAUUCAGGCAAGAACAGCACUGCUUACAUGGUCCCCUCCAUCAAGUGAUACCAGAGAAGACAGUGACAAGAACGACAUACCAGAUGUUUAUACUUAUGAAGUGAUGAUUUCAAAUACCGGAAAAGAUGGAAAAUACAAAACUGUAUACGUUGGAGAAGAAAAUAAAGUAACUGUAAAUGAUCUCAGGCCAGCAACUGAUUACCAUGCAAAAGUCCAAGUAGAAUGCAGCUGUGUAAAGGGGAGCCCUUCAGAAGCAGAGAGUUUUACCACAAUGAGUUGUGAACCUGAUACGCCAAAUCUGCCCAGGAUAACUAAUCGGACCAAAAAUUCUCUUACUCUGCAGUGGAAGGCAUCUUGUGAUAAUGGUUCUAAAAUCCACAGUUACCUUUUAGAAUGGGAUGAAGGAAAAGGAAAUGGAGAGUUUUGCCAGUGUUAUUAUGGCCAACAGAAACAGUAUAGGAUUACUAAACUGUCACCAGCAAUGGGGUACACCUUUAGGCUAGCAGCCAAAAAUGACAUGGGAAUGAGUGGUUUUAGUGAAGAAGUCCUGUAUCAUACCUCAGGCACUGCCCCAACCACACCAGCAAGUCCUUUGCUGAUUAAUGCUGGAGUUACUUGGUUAUCCCUACAGUGGACAAAACCCUCAGGAACACCAUCAGAUGAAGGAAUCUCGUAUAUAUUAGAGAUGGAGGAUGAGAACUCAGGAUAUGGUUUCAAGCCAAAAUAUGAUGGUGACGAUCUUACCUACACAGUGAAGAAUUUGAGGCGUAGUACAAAAUACAAAUUUAGGGUCAUUGCCUAUAACUCAGAAGGGAAAAGCAGUCCAAGCGAGACAGUAGAGUACAUGACCUGUCCAGACAAGCCUGGAGUACCUUCAAAACCCACAGUGAAAGGAAAAAUUCAUGCACAGAGUUUUAAAAUAAUCUGGGAUCCGCCAAAAGACAAUGGAGGAGCAGCAAUAAAUACAUAUGUUGUGGAAAUGUCUGAGGGCUUAAAUGGAAACAAAUGGGACACAAUAUACAGUGGAGCUGCAAGGGAACAUGUGUGUGACCGACUAAAUCCUGGCUGUUCCUAUCGGUUACGUGUAUAUUGCGUUGGGGAAGGAGGACAAAGCACGGCAUCUGAUUCUUUACUGGUGCAGACACCAGCAGUGGUUCCUGGUCCAUGCCAGCCUCCGAGGCUACAGGGUAGACCAAGAGCAAGAGAAAUUCAGCUGCGCUGGGGACCACCUCAGGUAGAUGGUGGUUCACCCAUUACCUGUUACGGUCUGGAAAUGUGUCAGACAGAAACCGAUGAACACAGAGAGGUUUACCAAGGCUCUGAUGUUGAAUGUACAGUAGGCAGCCUUCUUCCAGGGAGGACGUACAGCUUCAGAUUGCGAGCAGCUAACAAGGCUGGGUUUGGACCUUACUCGGAAAAAUGUGAAGUAACUACAGCACCUGGACCACCAGAUCAGUGCAAGCCCCCUCAAGUGGCCUGCAGAUCUGCUGCAUGUGCUCAGGUGUCAUGGGAG